AUGGCCAACCCGGCAGCGACCGACGCAAGCCGCGCACAGUCCGGCAAGUUCGGCAAGGGCGAGCGCGGCACCUCGCGCAAGGACAUCCCGCCACCGACAGGCGCCUUCGCCCUCCCGCCGCCAAAGCCGCACUACUUCGAGGACGGCGGCCUCCGCAAGGUCAAGCCCUACAUGUUCACGUUCGAGAGCUGGGCCAAGGAGCGGUGGCAGGGGAGGACUUUGAUCGACAUCUACAGUGAAUUCAGGGACCGCACCAACGAGUACUAUGAAUGGGCGAUCGAGAAGGGCGUCAUCGUCGUCAACAACCAGAAGUCGACUGCCGACACCGUCAUCCGCAACGGCGACCUCAUCUCGAAUGUCCUGCAUCGGCACGAGCCGCCCGUGGUGGCAGGCCCCGUGAGAAUCAUCUACGACGGUCGUCUGCCUGGCAACGACGGCGAGACGCUCGUCGUCGAGAAGCCCGGGUCCAUGCCUGUGCACCCGACGGGCAGGUACAACUUCAACACGCUGCUCGAAAUCCUCAAGCACGACUACGGCCUCCCGCUCGUCCACACCUCGAACCGCCUUGACCGCCUCACGUCGGGCGUCAUGAUCUGCGCCCUCACCGUCGCCGGGUCCAAGAAGCUCGGCGCGUGGUUCGGCGGCAGGCGCAACCACGAGGGCGGCGUCAGCAAGGAGUACGUCGCACGCUGCAUCGGCCGGUUCCCCGACGGCGAGAUCACGUCCGAGGAGCCGUUGCUCACGAUCGACCGGCAGAUCGGCGUCAACGUUGUGCACCCAGAGGGUCGUGACUCGAAGACGAUCUUCACCCGGAUGAGCUACGACGAGCGGAGCAACACGAGCGUCGUGCACUGCCGACCAAUCACGGGCCGCUCUCACCAGAUUCGCGUCCACCUCCAGUUCCUCGGCCACCCUAUCGCCAACGACCCGAUCUACCAGAACUCGGCGGCGUGGGGCGCGUCGGGCGGCAAGGGCGGCGUCUUUGGGGCCGACCGCGGUGGGACGGCCGAGGACCGCCAGGAGCGGCGAGAGCGGGGCGAGCGGGUACUCGAGCGCGAGAAGGCGCUCGAGGAAGCUGCGGCGAUGACGCAGGACGGCGAGGCCCGUGUCGACCCGGCACCACCUUCCACCACGGCCUCGACCUCGACCUCCUCGACCUCGACCUCCUCGACCCCCAACCCGUCCCACGCCCCUGCUGCGCCUCAUGUCGACAUGGACCGCAAGUCGCACGAUCAGGCGUUGACGGUCGGCGCGCAGCGGGCGAUCCUCGCGCUGCGCGAGGUCAAGGACUCGGCGGACGGGCACGCGCGCGCGAGGGACCUCGAGGGGAUCGAGCGCGCGAGGCGGGUCGGCUCGACCAAGAUGAGCCUCGACGCCGAGGUGACUGGGGCAGAGGGAGAUGAGCUCGUCGAGGGCGAGGGUGACGGUGCGGCGGCGAGGGAGGCGAGGGAAGGGGGCUCGAGCGAGGAGGACGGGUUCUGCUCGACGUGCUUCACGCCGUUGCUGCCGGAUCCCCGACCCGAGCAGCUCUUCAUCUGGCUGCACGCCAUGCGCUACAAGACGAUCGAGUGGGACUGGUCGAGCGCUCUGCCGUACUGGGCCGAGGAGACGUACGAGGUGCCGCUGUCUUCCAUCCUGUCGUGAGGGGUGCAACAGGGCUUUCAUGCGCGACCUC